AUGUGUGGAGGACCGCUUUUUGGCACCAUUGUACAGAAAUUUGGAAUUCGAUACGCUCUUCAUCUUUGCUACGGUUCUACAAUGAUCUCUGGAGUUCUACUUUUCUUAUCUUAUGACGUGAAGACCUUGUUACUCAGCCGGAUACCAUGUAUUUUCAUGCAUGGUCAACAGGGCCAUCAAACACUGCUGUCGGCUCUCACUGAACCUGGGAAGGAACGUACAAACGCUUUCGGCAGGAUGGGGCUCACGUUUGGACUCGGAUUUGUUUUCACUCCGAUUUUUUCCUUUAUUUCUACCAGUUUUCUCUCUAUGCAUGGUCCUAUAAUGGUUUCUGCAGCACUCUGUAUAAUUCUUUAUAUCUUGGUUCAUGGAAAAUCUGUCAUCCCAAGAAGUUCUUAUAAACGGACGAUCGACAGCACGAGAGAGUUCGCAAGCAUGAGCGUUUCCAAUGUAGCUCGAAUUCUGAAUAAAACCCGGAGUUCUAAACGUAAUGUUCAAGAAGAACGCUCCUAUACUUCCAAUGUUGCUGGUCUUCGCAAUCAUGCAGCUUUAUAUGGUGGACCAAUUCCAAGCAGACGUGCACACGGGUCAAGCGAUUCAGAUGAUGACAGGUGUAUGCAUCAUGUUUAG